AAGUUGUUUAUUUUGAAAAGUUGAACUUUGAAAUUUUUUUAAAAAGAACUUUACAACGUCGGAAAAAAUAUCUUCCACUGAAGAAUAAUUAAUUAAAUGUGUUCGAAAAAGUGCAUCCUGUGACAUAAAUGUAACCAUGUUGAAAUUAUUCAUCGCAUUUCUCAUUUUAACAAAAUACUCGGCCGAUGCAAUAUGGUGUUACCAAUGUGUAUCAACUCAUCCUGGUUGCGGAAAUCCUUUCAAAUGGGUCUGGUAUAAAACAGUAACGUGUCACGAUGAAAACGACGAAUGUGUCAAAGUCAUCGAAGUUAAAGAUGGUCAAGAAACAAUAACUAGAGAUUGUCUAAGUAGUCUGAGAGGUAUAAGAACAGAUUUACCAGCAGAUCGGUACGAAGGAUGUAGACCAGCCACCGUAGAUGUAAAAUUGGCCAACUAUGUAAAUACUUCGAUUAAAGAAAUCGAUAUUAAAAGAGAUUAUUACGACUCGACAACUUUCUGCUUCUGUUACUUCGAUAAUUGGUGUAAUAGUGGAUCUCAUGUAUCUGUAUCCGUCCUUACGUUAUUAUCAAUUGGUGUUGCACAUAUUCUAAGGCAGCUAUAAUGAUUUUAAGAUCUAAUUUAUUCCUCAUUAUUGACUAUACUUUUUUUUUACAUUUCCACUCGAUAUUUUAUUAAUUUUUAUAUCACGUUUAAAUAUCUCUAAGUGAGUUGAAAUUUGAGCCUAUUUCCAGUAUUACACUUUCUGACAUUUUUUAAAUGUAACUAUUAGAAAAUUUGUUAAGUAUUAGUAAUCUCGAUUUGUUUAAAGUUUUGUGAUAAUUGAUUAUGUCAUCAAGUUGAUCGGUUUUUGUAAUUUAUUACUUUUUUAUAAUUUUUUUUUUUUUUUUUUUUUUGAAAGUAAUGUUUUGAUAUUGACUAUUGUACACGAAGCCGUCCAUUUAGGUCUGUGUUCAUUUUUUGUGAUUUGCAAAAAAUAAAUUUUUUUAUA